AUGUCACAAGGGCCACUUGUGAGGGCAGGAAGCUCCCAGAGCCUCACCUGGCGGGCCCAGGACAAAGGUCCCCCCUUGGACCGCAGCUUCAGCAACAUAGCGGAGGAAGAGCAAAGAAAAAAGAUCCCAUUGGUUCCAGAAAAUCUCCUGAAAAAGAGGAAGGUUUAUCAGGCCCUUAAAGACACUCAAGCAAAGCAGGCACUUUUGAACAAGAGGGAGCAGAAGAAAGGAAAACAGCUCAAGUUUAAGCGACUGGAGUGGUUUCUACAUGACUCCUGGUGGCAGCAACGUGACAGGGUGCGCCUCAGACGACUAGAAGUGAAACCUCGUGGCCUGGAAGUGCCAGAUAAACAUUCCUUGGCCUUUGUUGUCCGCAUCCAAAAGAUUAAUGGGGUGAGUUCACUGGUGCAGAGGACCAUUGCACGGCUUCGCCUGAAGAAGAUUUUCAGUGGUGUCUUUUUCAGAGUGACCCCCCAGACCAUAAAAACGCUGCGUGUAGUGGAACCUUAUGUGACCUGGGGAUUUCCAAAUCUGAAGUCUGUCCGGGAACUCAUCUUGAAACGUGGACAAGCCAAGGUCAAGAAUAAAACCAUCCCUUUGACGGACAACACAGUGAUUGAGGAGCACCUGGGGAAGUAUGGUGUUAUUUGCUUGGAAGACCUCAUUCAUGAAAUCGCCUUUCCGGGGAAGAAUUUCCAGGAGAUCUCUGCGUUCUUACGUCCUUUCCAUCUCUCAGUGGCCCGUCAUGCUACCAAGAAUAGAGUGGGUUUCCUCAAGGAGGUGGACUUACCUGGCUAUCGAGGUGAACGCAUCAAUCAGCUCAUUCGGCAGCUGAAUUAAACCCAGAAACUAGAGAGAGGGUCAAGGAAAAGAGGAUGAUGCUCCUGGCAAGCACUUGUCAUCACAGCCCAGUUCCAAGGGAAAGUUCCAGUGUGUUUUCCACAUUGGCUGCCCCUACCACCUCUGAAGUCAGCGGGGGACUCCUGCCACAGAAGAGGGAGUCCUGCUGUGUCACAUCGU